AAGAUGGAGGAAUCCGCUAAUCUUAUAUUUCAAAAUGAAAGGUUGAGAGAACAGAUCCAAAACAUGUCAGAUGAAAUGGCCAACUAUCAAGAAGAACAUACAUAUAUGUUAGAUAUGUUGAAUUCCUUAUUACCAGAUACAAUGACACAAAUAGAUCGGGCGACUAGCAAAGCAAAUCUUAGAUUUGAGGAGCUUCCAAGACAACCGAAUGAUUUUAUGAACAAAUGCACAACAGCGAUUGAAGCAGUAAUGAUUCGUUACAUAAAAAUGAAAGAGGACCUGAUAAAAGCUAAACAAGACCUGGAUGAUAAAUGUAAAUCUAUAGCAGAAUGGACAAUGAAGGUUAAUUAUGAUAGUGGAGAGGAAAUGAAAGCUUAUCAGGAACAGAACAAAAAAAUUAGGAUGUAUGAAAAUGAUAUCCAAUCAAAAGUUUCUGAGAUACACGGAUAUUCUUCUAAAAUCAAAGAAUUGAAGGGAAAAUAUGCAACCGUAGAACACCAGUUGUGUGAUAUAAAAACAUCAAACCAAAUACUAGAACAGGAAAAUAUGAAGAAGAAGAAAGAGCUGGUUGAUUUACAGAAAAGUCUGGAAAUGGAGAGAGAGGAGUCGAGAAAAAAAGAUAGAUUCAUUGAGAAAUGUCAAGCACAAGAAACUCAUCUGCAGUCACAGAUAAGAAAUCAAGAGAACAUGCAGUCACUAAAACUAGAAAAGGACAACUUAAAAACAAAAGUACUUAACCAGCAUGAUGACUUAAUGAAAACGAAAAAUGACUUAGAGUCAAUGAAGCAUAGAUUACUUCAUGUACAGACCGAAAAUUCCAACCUUGGAAAAGAUAUACAGGUUUUAAAAAGAGAGAAAGACGAUUUGCAGACAAGGCUUAGCAGUGUUGCUGGAGAAAAAUUAACGAAAGGCAAUCCAUCUAUAACCGACCUUGGCGACCCGAAUCGGCCAAUGAAAAUCGGUGAGAAGUAUGGGGAAUUGUAUGACAAUGAAUGGACUGAUGCUAUGGAAAAUGUAGGAAAUGUGAAGAAAUACUACAGUGAUAUGAAAGAUGUUGAAAAUGAGGAAAUCAUCAUACGUCAUCUUCACAGAUUAUUGGAGUGUUGCUAUAAAGAAUGCUUUGAAAUGGCAGACGGACAAUUACAAAAACUAGGAACGACGUUUGCAGAAACGAUGUGCUUGGGUCCUAUGUCGAAAGAGGAAACUGCAAACUUACCUGUAUGUAGAGAGGCAUCUAUUCACAGAAGAGCAAACUCUGAAGCUUUUGCAAAGUAUUUAUAUGGAAAAAAGAUAGUGUGUAAAAAUAUACUGAACGAUUGGGACUACCAUAACAAACAUGAAAAUGUUAUGCAGCUUUUGAUGGAGACGACAUUUUUUGAGAAAUGUGUCUAUCUCUGCUGGUCUAUGGCGAUUCAGGACCCUGUAAUGUAUCUAGAUGACGAUUUGAAAGCAGGUAUGCCGUUGGACAAGAAUACGUAUAAAGAAUUUGUUAAGAGUGGGGAUACAGUAGUGUAUGUCGUCUGGCCAGCACUGUUUUUGCACAGAAAUGGACCUUUGCUUUAUAAAGGAGUUGCACAGGCAUCCUGGAAAAAAGCGGAACAAUUUGUUUAAAACCUUAUGUCCUUUCAAUAGAGUUGUCUGUGAUACGUUGCUGUUUGUAUUUAUGUGACUGUAUACAUGCUUUUAUUUAUUAAAGUGAUUGAUGGUGAAUUAAUUCGAAAGUAUGAAUUCAAAAAUUCAAAAAGGUUCGUGAUCGCAUUAAACUAGGAACGCCUGCAUUUUUAAAUUUAUAUCUAGAAAAUAUCAGACGCUUUGUAGUCUGACGAUUAUAACAUUCGUAAUUAAUAAAAGUUUCCAACGCACAAAAUGAUACAGUUUAUUACGUUAGUGUGUGAUGGUAUUUUUUCUUAUAAGUUUUGUUCUUAUAUUUGAUAAGAAUUAUAAUUUUUAUAGCAUAUUCGAUUUUUUAUGGUAAUAGGCUCAACUGCAUUCAUUCACUUCAUUUGCAGAUGCAAACAAAAGUGACUUUCAAGGGAUAGCACAUUUGGUUGUUUAAAAUUAUCCCAGAUCUUAACUGCUUGUCGGAGUUUCGUUUUCAGUGUCAUUAUAUGCAUUCAAAAAAGUUCAUCCUUCAACUCUGAUAUUGUGAUUUGCAAAUAUUUUGCAAGUAAAAGGGGUUGAGUAGCUUAUAUCUACUAUUUCACAAAAAAACAGCAGAUAUGCGUAUUGUCUUUUAGAUUGCUUUUAUUCGUAGGGUCCAUUAAUUAUGAUAUUAUCAACAAAAUUUACUAAAAAUUUAAAAUGCGAUUAAGUACAUAAGUAGGUGAGGAGCGUAAGGUAGAAAUGCAAGGGACACUCGAGAACCUGUUCCUUUAGUACAUUUGUUUCUCCUCUUUUCAC